AUGGCUCUCUUCCUCCUGACAAAACUUCUCUUGUUACUACUGCCUGUAUAUCUAGCGGCCGGCUUACCGUUGGAAACGAGAUGCAGUGCAGAAACACUCCAAUUUCCAGACGCCGAAUCAAUCUCAUACAUACCGGCGGGAACGAAUCUAAGCCUCGCAUUCAAUGACCCUUCAUGCAAGAGACCGAGCCAGGUAGUUCCUGUAGAUAUCUGCCGAGUGACGCUGUACACUGCCACGUCUCAUAGGUCCGGCGUCCAUUAUGAAGUUUGGCUGCCUUUGGAGUGGGAAGGGAGGAGGUUUCUAGGUACAGGGAACGGAGGCAUUGAUGGAUGUAUUAAGUAUGAAGACCUUGCGUAUGGGGUAAAGAAUGGGUUUGCUGUAGUUGGUUCAAACAACGGACAUAAUGGUACCACUGCCGUGACGAUGUACCAUAACUACGAUGUUCAAAUCGAUUUUUCAUGGAGAGCACUACACAUGAGUGUAGCUAUUGGAAAGAAGGUCGUGGCCCAGUUCUACAACGGGCCACACAAGAAGUCAUACUACAUAGGCUGUUCGCUCGGCGGACGGCAAGGGUUUCAAUCUGCGGUGAAGUUUCCUGAAGGCUUUGAUGGAAUUGCCGCGGGAGCUCCAGGGCUGGAUUUUAACAAUCUGGUGUCAUGGAGGGCCAGUUUUUUCCCUUUGACUGGCGGUGUAGAGUCACCGGAUUUCAUCACUGCAAGUGCAUGGAAAACAUUUAUCCACCAGGAAGUAUUAAGACAGUGUGAUGGCCUUGACGGUGUGAUGGAUGGGAUCAUAGAAGACCCGUCACUCUGCCACUUCAAUGCCAAUGCACUUCUGUGCAAACCAGGAGAGGAAGCGAACUGCUUAAGCCAGGUUCAAGUUGAUAUUGUGCGCAAGAUAUUCUCCCCACUGAUAGGCGAGGAUAGUAAAGUGAUAUAUCCCGCAAUGCAGCCAGGCAGCGAAGAGCUAGCUACUACAAAGCUGUACGCGGGGAAGCCAUUCAGCUACUCCGACGAGUGGUUCAAACAUGUCAUCUAUGACCCGUCAUGGAACGCAUCGACAUUCACUGUACACGAUGCCGCAGUCGCAGAAGCCCGAAACCCAGCGGGUAUCAAAACAUGGCCGACAUACGCUGACCUAGCCGAGUACCGAGCCCGAGACGGCAAGAUAAUCGUCUACCACGGCGGACAGGAUAAUCAGAUAACAAGCUUCAACACCGAGCGAUACUAUAAUUAUCUACUGCGGUCAGACGGUGCUGGCAGUGCCGGGAACCUGGACCGUUUUCUCCGCUUCUUUCGUAUAGCAGGCAUGUUCCAUUGCAGUGGAGGGCCAGGCGCAUGGGUACUAGGUCAGGGGGGUGGAGCCUCCUCAAAAGGCAUCGAGUUUAAGGGAGGAAACAACAUCCUGGCUGCCCUUGUUGACUGGGUUGAGAAAGGUAUUGCACCAGGGACGCUGGAGGGAGUCAAAUUUGUGGACGACGAGAUCACAUCAGGCGUUUCAUUGCGCCGAAGGCACUGCAGGUUGGUCUUCUCUCGUCUUCUCCCAUUGAACGUAUAUGGCUAA